ACUAUGAAGUCUAAGGCUAACUGUGCUCAGAACCCAACUUGUAAUAUAAUGAUAUUUCAUCCAACCAAAGAAGAGUUUAAUGAUUUCGAUAAAUACAUUGCUUACAUGGAAUCCCAAGGUGCACACCGAGCAGGCUUGGCAAAGAUCAUUCCGCCCAAGGAGUGGAGAGCUAGGCAGACCUACGAUGACAUUGGUGACAUAAUCAUUGCUGCCCCACUGCAGCAGGUCGCUUCUGGACGGGCAGGUGUCUUUACUUAAUAUCAUAAAAAGAAGAAAGCUAUGACCCUGGGGGAAUAUCGCCACUUGGCCAACAGUGAGAAAUACUGCACUCCACCACACCUGGAUUUUGAUGAUUUGGAGCGAAAGUACUGGAAGAGCCGCCUCUAUGAUGCCCCAAUUUAUGGUGCUGACAUCAGUGGAUCUUUAUUUGAUGAAAACACUGAACACUGGAACCUGGGAAACCUGAGAACAGUUCAGGAUCUACUUGAGCAGGAGUGUGGGGUUGUCAUUGAAGGUGUCAACACCCCCUACCUAUACUUCGGCAUGUGGAAGACCACAUUUGCCUGGCACACGGAGGACAUGGACCUGUACAGCAUCAACUACUUGCACUUUGGGGCACCAAAGACAUGGUAUGUGGUGCCCCCAGAGCAUGGCCGGCGCCUGGAACGCCUGGCCACCCAGCUCUUCCCCGGCAGUAGGCGGGGCUGUGAGGCCUUCUUGAGACACAAAGUGGCUCUCAUCUCACCAGGGGUCCUCAGAGACAAUGGCAUCCCCUUCCAGCGUAUCACCCAGGAGGCUGGUGAGUUCAUGGUCACCUUCCCAUACGGCUACCACGCGGGCUUCAACCACGGCUUCAACUGUGCAGAGGCCAUCAAUUUUGCAACCCCACGCUGGGUGGAUUAUGGCAAAGUGGCAUCUCAGUGCAGCUGUGGGGAGGCCAGGGUCACGUUUUCCAUGGACGCUUUUGUGCGCAUCCUGCAGCCCGAGCGCUACGAGUUGUGGAAGCGGGGGCAGGACCGGCCUGCAGUGGACCACACAGAACCCACAGCGCCUAGCAGCCCACAGCUGAUGGCCUGGAGGGAGACCCGGGCCCCUGACCGAGCAGCUCUGGGUUUACGGCACCGCCCACCACGCCGGGCUCCUCGCACCUCUAGGCCUUUGGUUACCGGAGGUAAUCCCAGCCACUUCUCCCUUGUGCCUUCUGGGCACCCCCCAUGUCCCCCUGAGGGUUGUGAUGCAGUUGCACAACCUGAAGUCACCACUGCUGCCACCACCACUACUGCCACUGCUCAUAGCGUCAUGGAGCCUGGCUGGUACCCCCGGCAGCUGAACCUGGGUCCUUCUUCCCCACAUAUCCAAGCCUUACCUGGCAGAAGGGGUCGUGGCCGUCGUCCUAGGGUACUUGGGUUUCAGGAGCAGAAUACCCAGGCUCCAGCCAAGAGGCGCCUCUCAAUGAGCACAGUACACACAGUGCCUGGUCCUGAGCCUCAACCUCUGUGUGAGGAUGAACCUUUUGUGAACAGCCCUAUACCUUUGAGUCCUGGACACCAGCACCCUGUGAAAGCUUCUGGGUGCUGCAGUGUCCCACUCCACUAG